AUGACACUCGAAUCCUGGGAAAAACUGGUUCAGCAGAAGCAGGCCAAAGCUGCGGACUUGAUUCCCAAGGCCUGGCGUCUUUCUGCGGAGUAUACCAACAUCUCCGAAACGGCCAGCACCAAUGUACUCGACGUGCCCCGCCGCUGUGGAAUCCUGUCCGCAAAGCAGUUGGAGAUUACCGAGAAGUACGACGCGACGGCUUUGCUCGAGAAGAUCCAUAGCAAGGAGCUGUCUGCUUAUGAAGUCACUGAGGCCUUCUGUGCUCGAGCGGCGAUCGCGCAGCAAGUGACACACUGCCUCACCGAGACCUUCUUCAAUAGAGCUAUGGAGCAAGCGAAGAAGUUGGAUGAACAUCUCCUCCAGACGGGCAAGCCAGUCGGUCCCCUGCACGGCUUGCCAAUCAGUUUCAAGGACUGCUUUAAUAUCGAAGGUGUCUGCUCCACUAUUGGAUUUGCCUCCUUCCUCAGAAACAAGCCUGUCAACUCGAACUCGGCGGUUGUGGAAAUCAUCGUGAGCCUCGGCGGUAUCCCCUACGUCAAGACCAAUAUCCCUCAAACCAUGAUGGCUGCGGACUCUCACAAUUACAUCUUCGGACGGACGCUAAAUCCCCAUCGAUCGAACCUCAACGCAGGAGGGUCAUCUGGCGGAGAAGGAGCGCUAAUCGCCAUGCGAGGCUCGGUCUUGGGCGUCGGAACAGACAUUGCUGGGUCAAUUCGGAUCCCUGCCAUCUGCAAUGGCACCUUUGCUUUACGCCCGUCGGCUGAUAGGAUCCCAUACGGAGGCCAGACGAGUCCCGGUCGCAAAGGCAUGUUGGGAAUUAGAGCAUGCGCCGGUCCUCUGGCAACCUCGGCUCGCGACCUGGAGCUACUGAUGCGUGUUGUGACAAACCACGACCCAUGGGCGUAUGACUCAACGGCAAUCUUCUCACCGUGGCGCGAGGUAACUCCCAAGGCAAAACUUCGAUUCGGUCUCAUUCAAGAGGAUCCUCAUUUCCCGCUCCAUCCACCUGUCUUGCGCACCCUGAAUGAAGCUGCGGAAAAGCUGAAAUUUGCCGGGCAUGAGAUCGUUCCUCUGGAAACACCCUCCAUCAAGGAUGCCUGUGCCCUAGCAUUCCGUAUGUUCGCAAUGGAUCCGGCGGGAACAGCUUUCAAGCAUAUUGCUGCGAGUGGUGAGCCGACUAUCCCGGCUCUGAAAUCGACCUCGUUGCCGCAUGAGUAUAUGCAGUAUGAAUAUGCGCCUUUGACUCUCGAUGGGCUUUAUGAUCUAAAUCAGCAGCGGAAUCAAUUCAAGGAAGAGUUCCGUGAGCUUGUUGUCAAGUCGAGGGUGGAUGCAAUUAUCAUGCCUGGUUACCAGGGUACUGCCCAGCCGCAUGAUCUGUUCGGAUUUGUUCCGUACACUGUACUGUGGAAUGUCAUGGAUUAUCCCGCUGCAAUUGUCCCGUACAGCAAGGCCGACAAGGCUGCCGAUGCAUCCUUCGUUCGCGACGUGGUUUACAGACCCCCAUACGAUGCAAAUGCGGUCGAAGGCGCCCCAUGCUGCGUGCAAGUCGUUGGUAGACACAUGCGUGAAGAGGAGUUGGUCAAGGCAAGCGCAGUCGUUGCUCAAGUCCUUGCCGAAUAG